AUGCAAACAUCCAGUAUCUGGACAAAACAGUGACAUUAUUAGGCAACAGUCUGUCCACAUGCUUUUAACCAGAUAAAGCAUUAUCUAAGGUGGCCAACGGUCACUCAGACUGGUGUAAGGCAGCUGGGAUUUGAGGAUCUGAAUAGCCAGUGAUGCAAAUGAAGAAUGACCACCAUAUGGAUCUGGACGUAACAUUGGACUAAUAGGUGAUCUAAAACAUGGUACCAUGUGAAUGAUUGAGGAACAUGAAGCCCGCACACAAACUACUGUUCAUCCUGUGUCCCAUGCUGGUCUUUGGGUUCAUCUACUACUCUUCUGGGAAGCUCCAUUUGUACGUAUGGGGCCAGAAGCCACAUAAAGAUGUGGAGCCCACAGUAAAAGUCAUUAAAGUUACUAGCCAUACUACCAAAUCCACUGUGAGCCAAGAGCCGGUGGUGGAGGGUGCUGUCUCCGCUGGACGAAUAGUAGGCUCAGGUACAGCCUCACUGCAAAGAGUGCACUCCGGUCAACACGCGAACCCCAGCAGUUAUUUUGGGAGGCCUGUGUUUGAUAAGCAAGGGUUCUUGGCGAAUCUGGAUGCAAAGCUGCCUCCAGAGUUGCUGUACAAGUUUGGAAACCUCAGUGAAGGAGCCUGCAAACCUGGCUAUGCAGCUGCCAAAAUGACUGCUAUCUAUCCAAAGUUUAGUAAGCCAGCUACCAUGUUUCUGGACCGAAACUUUAAGAGGCUUGCAAAAGUUAGCAACUAUUUACCUCCAUUUGGAUUCAAAACUCAAGAAAGGAUCAUUGAUGUUAUAUUAACUGCCACAAAGAAUUAUGGACUGGGUCCAGAUUUGGAUAGUUUGAGUUGUAAAAGAUGUAUAAUAGUAGGAAAUGGUGGUAUCCUUAGCAACAAGUCGUUGGGUUCCCGCAUUGACGAAUAUGACGUUGUGGUGAGACUCAACGAGGCCCCGGUGACUGGUUACACCAGAGAUGUAGGUAGCAAGACCACCCUGAGGAUAACCUAUCCCGAGGGGGCCAUCCAGAAGCCUGAGCGCUAUGAGAAGGACUCCCUCUUUGUCUUCUCUGCUUUCAAACCUCUCGACUUUAAGUGGUUGAGGCAGAUGGUCUUCAAAGAGAAACUGCAAGGGACCGAGGGCUUUUGGAAGUCUGUAGCGCGCAACGUGCCCCGGGAUCCCUCAGAGAUACGGAUCCUCAACCCUUACUUCAUACAGGAGGCUGCCUUCCAGUUUAUUGGCCUUCCACAGAACAAUGGCCUUAUGGGUAAAGGGAACAUUCCAACACUGGGCACCGUCGCCAUUACAAUGGCCCUGCAUAACUGUGAUGAGGUCGCUGUUGCUGGAUUUGGCUAUGACAUGAACACGCCUCAUGCACCCUUGCACUACUACGAAACAGUCAAAAUGUCUGCCAUUAAAGAGUCAUGGACUCACAACAUCUCAAAGGAGAAGGAGUUUCUUCGCAAGUUGGUGAAGUCCAACGUCAUCACAGACUUGACAAAUGGGAUUUGAACCUCCCUUUGAGGGUGACUUUCCCAGAGGACUAGAUACAGAAAAGUCUUGGAAGACCCAACAUGAGGACCAGGGUGGAAGCGAUGCCUCAGUUAUGAUGCACAUGUGCCUUCUAACCGGCAGGCUUCCUCUUAGCGGCACACUGAAGGGUUCUUGAAUGUCUCAGGAGACAAUCCUUGUUCCAGUCUGUCCCGUUCACGAACGGAAGAUAUCAAAGACGUUGAGGUGACAAACAGCACUUGAGGAACGAAUCGCAACAUUAACUGAUUGUGCCAAAUGUACCUCUAGAGGAGGAGAUGACUCUUCUUUCCUGCCUGAAUGUAUUAAUGGUGUAAAUAUCAAAGAUUUUUACAGUGCAUUUUAAUGAAGUGCAAUGACCCCCAGGGGUUCUGCCUUCACAUGUGAUUUUCCGUCCAGGUCACUCAUUGCAUAUCCAGCCCCUGUGUUUGGAGGGGCAGAAGCAUGUCUUAAAUUCAGCCCUUCUCCUAAGCACAGGAGGCUUUUUAUCUCCUGAAUGUCAGGUUAUUACGUUACAGCUUCUUUUAUGUUGGAAAAGAGCUAAAUCUCUUUAAUUAUGUUGGUACACAGUUGAAGGCCUUUGUUUCUUCGGAAACAUUUUCACCCCCUUCCCAAACUGCUUGUGUUAUAAAUCCACACCACAAUUUACUUUAGUAAAGAUGGGAGACUGAGUACCUUUUCAGACAGGCCUCAAAAUCACCUGACAUUGUGGUACACUGCCAUUCUGUAUCCUGCCUCUGUACUUUUAGAGGCAGCAUUUUGAGACAUUUACACCAAGCAGAAAUAUUUUUACCUCUGUUACUUUUACAAGUUUAGCAAGAUUACCUUUAUUUCCAAAAAUGAAUUGAGUUUGUUUUGUACAUUUUUUAGGAGGUACCGGUAAAUUUAAGGAGUGCUUGUUUUAGUUCAUAAUAUGUGAGCUUUCAGAGAAAAGCUGCUACAUUGCCCUGACUCAGUCAAAGGUAAGGGUACUGGAAACAUACCAUUGCACUAUCCAUCUUGUGUUAAACAUAUUACUCUUCACAACAGAGAUGUUUACUACACCAGGUACUCAGCUCAUCAGAUUACCAACACAGGAAGCAGUCAUCAUCCUGAUUAAUUGAAAUGCAAAAAUAAAAAUACAUUUGAAAAAAAAGUAAUUUGCCUUCACAGAAUGGUGCAAUUAUACUGUGCAGUAUACCACCAAUCAGCAUUAUUAUGAUGAUCAUUUGAAUUAGAAGAAAAUAAAGUAUUAUUGUUUCUUUAUUUAUAUAUAUAUAUAUAUAUAUAUAUAUAUAUAUAUAUAUAUAUAUAUAUAUAUAUAUAUAUCUUAAAGUUGUAAUAAAAUAAAUGUGUUGGGCAGUUUUGCCUAAAUUGAAAUCCUGCGUGUCUGAUCUUUAUCUCUUUACUGUACUCGAGAACAGGACACUGAAUCCUGUUUUGAAGGUCUGUGUCCCAUUUUCAGGAAGCAGUGAUUUUGUACUUUAGCAUAAAAAAAAAUU